CAAUCACAGUUUAGAAUUCCCAACGGCAUACAACUGUUUAUUUGUUCUAUCAGAUAAAGAUUUUCAUUGAGAACUUGGUGCAAUGGGGGAGAACAAAUCAAUAUAUAAACAUUUCUCUGCAUUACCUCUGCAACCUAACCAAAAAUCGUAUUCAUGUAACUAUUGCAAGAAAAAGUAUGCAGAAAACAUUACUCGCAUGCGAAAACAUCUUUAUAAAGAGUGUAGAAGUUGUCUUCAAGACUUACGGAAACUUUUAAAACCAUGUAAACCUCGUAAACGAAAUAAUUCUCAUCUAAACAGCACAGACGACUCAUUUACUAUUGAAGAUUUGAAUGAAGCAGACAAUAGAGCAAGUACUUCAAUGAUUUCAAAUGAAAAUUUACCAAAUAAUAUAAGUGUUUGUAGCAAUAACUAUAAAAAAAAUACAAUCGAUAGUUUUUGUGAUAAAAUGUCAAAAAAAGAUGAAGAUUCUCUACAAGAACUACUUGAAGAAGCGAUUUAUGCAUCUGGUACACCAUUAUGCCUUAUAUAUUUCUGAAAAAAUAGGAAGUGUUAUUGAUGCUUUGGGAAUUAAAAAAGUUAUCGGAAUUUGUACAGAUAAUUGUGCUGCAAUGAAAAGUGCUUGGACUUUGAUAGAUCAAAAGUAUAAUGUCGACAAAUUGUAUUGUUAUGGUUGUGCUGCUCACAUUCUUAACCUACUCAUGAAAGAUAUUGGUAGUCAAGCAACUGUUGAAACUUUGGUGACAAGUGCAACAGCUAUUGUAAAAGGAAUAAAAGAAGUACAAAUAAUGUCAGCGAUUUUCAAAGAAAUUCAAUCUCAAGAUGAACGUAGAGUAUUUAUUACCUUAAAAUUACCAGCUAAGACAAGAUUUGGAUCUACUAUAAUUAUGAUUGACAGUCUUUGUGUUAAUAAGCAUAAUCUUCAGGCUUUAGCAAUUUCUUCAAAGGCUAUUACAUUAUGGAAACCUGCUUCUCGUGCUCUUGUACUAAAUGAAGAAUUUUGGAAUAAUCUUCAACAAAUUCUUCAAUUGAUGAAACCGAUUGUAAAGUGGAUAAAUGUUUUAGAGGGUGAUAACCCUUUAAUAAAUAAAGUACCUGAAUGUUUUUAUGAUUUAUAUAAUCAUUUUAAUAAUGCAUUUAAUAAUAUUGGAAAUAUUUUUUCGGAAGAAGAAAAGCUGAGCAUAUAUACUUGUUUAGAAAAUCGUAAAACUAUGGCUCUACGGCCCAUACAUUAUGCAGCUAACUUACUUGAUCCUCAAUUAAAAGGAAAAAAUUUAAAUAGGUCAGAAAUGGUUGAAGCUCAUCAAUUAAUUAUAAAUCUUGGUGAUAAAUUAAAUCUAAAUAGUGAUAAGGUAUUAAAAGAUUUAACAGAUUAUGUGUCAGAAUCAAGUAUGUGGAGUUACGACUACGUUAAGCGAGCAAGUAUAAUCACUUCAGCAUGUCAAUGGUGGCAAAGUAUUUGCCAAAAAUCUUCGUUGAGCAAAAUAGCUGUGGCUAUAUUGACUUUACCUGCAACAUCAGCUGCAACCGAGCGUUCCUUUAGUACACAAGGAUGGAUUCAUUCAUCUAAAAGAAAUAAGUUAAGUAUCGAUAGAGCUGGAAAAAUAACAUACAUUGCAAGAAAUUUAAAAUUACUUAAUCCUUCACCAAAAAAUACAGAAGAAGAAUGGGAAGAAGAUGAGGAAAGUAAUAAAGGAGAGGAUGAAAUAAGUGAAAUUUGUGCUGAGCAUGAAGAAGUUGAAUUUUUAGAAGAAGAAUUUACUCAAGACUAAUUAGUGAUGUUGAUGGAAUUGAAUCAGUAUUAGACUUGUUAUUUCCUAAUGAAAUAUGUCAAUUAUUA